AAGAAAAACGAGUGAGUGCUCUGGGUGUGUACAGCAGCCAUGGUUUCAGUGCUUCCCGUGGCUACUCGCAGAGUACAUGUUUAAAAACCUGCUUUGCAUUGGGAGAUUUCCUGCUUACAUCAGAAAUAGCAAUUGAAAAGGUGCCCAGCUUGUGUGUUCGUCGCUCAACAUAAAAGUCAGCAUUAUGUUCAAUAAUAAUUGAAGGAUGUUACAGACUAUAAGUGACUAUUUUUGGUGGGACCGGCUGUGGUUUCCUGGUAACCUGACCUGGACAGAUUUUGAAGACAAAGAUGGACUCGUCUUUGCCAAAGUUUCACAUCUGUUCAUCACAGUGCCUUAUGCUGUAGCUUUUAUGGUGAUCAGAUAUAUCUUUGAAAGGUUUAUAGCGACACAUAUAGCAAAAGAAAUCUUCGGACUCCGGGACACUGUUAGACUGAAGGCUUCGGAGAACAUAGUCCUAGAGAAAUAUUUCGUCACCAGCUUGAAGAAUCCAUCACAGUCAGAUCUAGAAGGAUUGGCAAAAAAGUGCAACUGGACAGUGCGAAAGGUGGAAAGAUGGUUUCGAAGAAGACGCAACCAGGAGAGGCCAAGUGUACUGAAAAAGUUCGAGGAGGCUUGUUGGAGAUUUGUGUUUUAUCUCUCAGCAUUUAUUGGAGGCUUUGCAGCUUUGUACGAUAAACCGUGGUUCACAGAUACCCUGGAAAUAUUCAAUGGAUUUCCAAAACAGACGUUGUUGGAUUCGCAGUACUGGUAUUACAUAAUUGAGAUGAGUUUUUAUUGCUCGUUGCUGUUCAGUGUUGCCUUUGAUGUCAAAAGAAAGGACUUUAAGGAGCAAAUCAUCCACCAUUUAGCAACGCUUAAUUUACUGGCCUUUUCCUGGUGUUGCAAUUACAUCCGAGUGGGAACGCUGGUCAUGCUCAUCCACGACACCUCUGAUGUUUUAUUGGAGUCUGCAAAGAUGUUUAAUUACGCUGGAUUUACAACGAUCUGCAACAGCCUGUUUGUGUUAUUUUCAAUUGUGUUCAUCAUCACCAGGCUGGUCAUCUUCCCUUUUUGGAUUAUCCACUGCACCUGGUUUUACCCAGUACUUUUCUUCCCUCCUUUCUUUGGAUAUUAUUUCUUCAAUGCGAUGCUCAUAGUUCUGCAGAUGCUACACAUAUUCUGGACGUGUCUGAUACUACGCAUGGUGAAAAAAUUUAUCUUUGGAAAUAUGGUCGGUGAUGAGAGGAGUGACCAUGAAGAAGAGGAGGACGAAGAAACAUCACAGGAGGAAGGAGAUCAGAGAAUGAGGAAUGGAUCCGCAACAGGGAGACAUCCAGGUCCAAAGAGUCAGUGUGAUCACUAACGCAGACGCACGCGCACACACACCACCGCCUCCUUAAGCCCUGCACUGGCCGUGUCCUCAAGGAAACCUACACGGCACUCUGAAGAUGUGUGCAGUCUGCUGCCAGCUGGAAGUAUUGAUGAAAAACACAAUGUGCACAUCUGAUUUAUUGCUGCAGGUCCUGGAACGGAGCCCAGUCAAAAAUGUGCUUAAUCCAACAGAACAUAUUGACAUUCUUGCACACACACACACACACACACGCACACUUAUAAAGCUCUCAUUAAACAGAGUACUGUGCCAAUGAAGGCAUAUUUGUGAGGGUGUGCAAAUCAUUUUGUCGUCGGUAUGUAGCUAAAUAUUUUGUAUAAUUUUAUUUUUUAUUUUUUUUGUAUUGUUGUGUGUGU